GCCCGAAACUCUAACCCUAGCGUCCCCAAUCAAAUCCUCGCGAUUCAGCCGCGUGACCUUGAAUUGCUCGGCGAAUAGUUCGUCGGAUUCGGCUUUGAAGCGGAAGCGGCCGGCGAGAAUCGAUGUACCGGUGACGGAUGCUUUGAUAUUCGCGCCGGUGGGAUCGGGCGGUCGAGAGGAGGUGGAGAUGGAGAGUGAGAGGUGCGCUGUUUAUUGUAAGAGGGGGAGGAGGAGGAUUGAGAUGGAGGAUCGGUUCAAGGCUGAGCUUGAUGUCGAUGGAGAUCCCCAAUUGGCUUUCUUUGGCAUUUUCGAUGGUCAUAGUGGUACUAAAGCUGCUGAAUUUGCUGCCGACAAUUUGGGGAAAAACAUUAUAACUGAAAUUAAGAGAAAAGAUGAAGACAUAGAAAAGGCGGUUGCUAAUGGGUAUAUGAAGACUGAUGCAGAGUUCCUUAAAGAAGAAGCUGUAAGUGGAUCCUGCUGUGUCACUGCUCUCAUUAAGAAGGGUGAUCUUAUUGUGUCCAAUGCUGGUGAUUGCCGGGCUGUCUUGAGCGUUUCGGGUACUGCUGAGGCACUUACUUCGGAUCAUCGGCCAUCGAGGGAGGAUGAAAGGGAGAGAAUUGAGAACCUCGGUGGCUAUAUUGAUUUUUGCCGAGGAUUAUGGAGAUUGCAAGGCACACUAGCCGUUUCAAGGGGAAUUGGAGACUCUCAUUUGAAACAAUGGGUCAUACCAGACCCAGAAACAAGAAUCCUUCCAAUUAGACCGGAAUUCGAGUUUUUGAUUCUCGCCUCUGAUGGGUUGUGGGAUAAGGUUAGCAAUAAGGAGGCUGUAGAUAUAGCUCGGCCCUUCUGCACAGACCCUCAGUGUUCAUCACCACUCUCUGCUUGUAAAAAGCUUGCUGAUCUCUCUGCUAACCGAGGCUCUGCUGAUGAUAUUAGUGUGAUGAUAAUUCAGUUGAAGCAUUUCGUUUGAAGGGGUUAAAUUUCACUUACUGUGUACAUACUCCAGUUUGAAGCAUUUCUAGUCUUCCACGGACUACUCGCCAACUUGGUAAUGUUGCCUCCUUAGAAUGACUUGGGCAGAAGCUCACUUAUAGUAUACGCACUUAAGUUUGAAGCAUUCCUAAUCUUCGAUAAUACACGCUUCAACUUGGUAGUGCUGCCUCCUUGGGAUGACUUUGAUGGAAGGUUGAUACGAUAGAGGGAGGGAUAUAUACAUAUGCAAGUACCUUUUUUUAUGUACUUGCAAUUAUAGAUAAUUGGGUUUUGUUAAUCAUCAAGCAGCCUUUGUUUUGGCUAGGCCUGCUCUCACUGUAAUAGUUUCCCAUAUUGAUUAACAAGAGAAUUGCAUC